AUGGGCAACGACAUCGAAGCAGCCCCGCAUACGACACGGAUCAGCGAAGAUGCCAACUCGUUGAAAUCAUCGGCCCAUGUGGGUAGAGAGGAGCUUGCAGACAUCGUUCCCCCACACGACAGCUACGAAGGCCGGCAUCGCUUCGACCCCCAUGCGAGCUGGAGCGUGGAGGAAGAACGUCGUGUUCUUGAUCGCGGAAAUCUAUCGAAUGCACUUGCGGAUAAUCUUCUGAACGAUCUUGGUCUGACUUCUGAUGAUUACAACAAUGGCACGACCAUACAACUGAUUUGCUUCCUUGCUGCCGAGUUUCCGGUCCAGUUUCUCACCAAGCGAUAUGGUUUCAAGUACAUCCUUCCAACUAUGAUGUUAGCCUGGGGAACUGCAUCUUGGGGCCAGGCAUGGAUGCACGACCGGACUUCAUUCUAUCUGGGUCGCGCAGCCAUUGGACUUUGUGAGGGUGGUUUCAUCCCUGGUGUUAUCUUGUUUGCGACCUACUUCUACAAGUCCAAGGAGCUUUCCAUACGUCUUGCAGCCUUCUGGUCGACACUCAACAUCGCUCGUGUUAUCUCCGCAUUGCUCGCAGCCGGGAUUCUGGAAAUGCGCGGUGUCGGUGGGAAGCCUGGCUGGUUUUGGCUCUUCCUCCUUGAAGGUCUCUUAACGGUUGUCAUUGCCAUAUUGUCGUUUUUGUACCUACCCGCAGCGCCGACAUCAACAACGAACGUGCUUUGGCGUAAGGGCUGGUACACCGAGCGGGAAGAGAUCAUUAUGGUAAACCGCAUCCUUCGAGACGAUCCAGCAAAAGGCCUUACGGCUCUCAAAGAGCCUGCCACGUUCAAGGACAUCCGUGCGGCAUGGUCUGACUCCUCCAUGUGGGGUCUAUACUUCAUCGGCCUCGUUGCUUACAUUCCUGCCUCCCCAGUGCAAGGCUACCUUACGCUUACACUAAAACGUCUCGGCUUCAGCACAUUUGACAGUAACAUGUUGACUAUCCCAUCCGCUGCGCUGCAAGUCAUUACCAUGCUAGCCCUAGCAUAUUCGAGCGAUUACUUCAACGAACGCACGUUCCACUGCAUUUUUGGCGAGUUCUGGAUCAUGCCACUCCUUAUCGCCCUUCUGACGCUACCCGACGGAGGCCGCGAAUGGGGCCGCUUCUCUCUAAUUACGUUGAUCUCCGGUUACCCAUAUUUCCAUCCUUUGGUCUCGUCCUGGAUCUCGGAAAAUACAUUCGACGUCAAGAAGCGUGCGAUUACGGCCGCAACGUACAACGUUAUUGUGCAAAUUGGAUCUUUGAUCAGUUCACAAAUCUACCGUAAAUACGAUGGUCCGUACUACAAACAAGGCAACUCAGUGCUAGUGGCGAUCUGCGCAUUGAGUGUUAUCACCUUCCUCGUUCAGCGAUGGGCCCUGGUACGACUGAACAAGAAGAAGCAAGAGAAGUGGGAGCAAAUGACUUCGGAAGAGAAGGCUGUCUACCAAGCAGACAUUGCCGCGCGUGAGAAGGACGGCAACAAGCGGCUGGACUUCAGGUUCACGGUCUAG